AUUAUUCAUUAAUCAUACAUUUUCCUCUCUAAAGAUUAUGCUGCUUUCAGUCAUCACCUAAAUAAUAAAUAAUCAAUAAACUCUAGAAAGUCUUAUCAUAAAAUCUUAAUCUGAUGAACAUCUUAGUUGAUGGUUUAGUUAUAAAUCCAAAAACAAAGAAAAUGAGGCCAUGUUGUGAAGAAGUCACAUUACAGAAGAAAAAUGGCAGGUCCUGAAUGCUGCUCAAACGCACCAAUCCUCAACCCAAACUCAGGGGUAGGCCAUGUUGAAAAACUCGGCGGUCUAAACACCUAUGUCACUGGUCCCUCCGACUCCAACUUUGCCAUUCUUAUGGUUUCUGAAGUUUUUGGUACCUUAAAACUCUCCCCCCUUCUUAGAACUUGGGUUAUCAUUUAUCAUCAUCAUUCCUUAUUCUAUGAUGUACUACUGUGUUUACUUUUAUUCAUGAAUUUAUGGUCAACUUAUUCUGCAGGAUUUGAAGCUCCGAAUCUAAGAAAACUUGCAGACAAGGUUGCAGCUGCGGGGUACUAUGUAGUGGUUCCUGAUUUUUUAUACGGAGAUCCUUUUACUUCUGAGAAUGCUAACAGACCUCUACCUGUUUGGCUGAAAGAUCAUCUACCUAAUGAAGCUUUUGAAGAUGCAAAACCAGUAAUUGAAGCUUUAAAACGCAAAGCCAAGACUGUGGUAGAACUUGCCAAGUCUAAAUUAAUCCAAGCUGCUAUACUACUACACCCAUCAUUUAUCACCUUGGAUGACAUCAAGGGAGUUAGCAUUCCAAUUGCAAUACUUGGAGCUGAGAUAGACCAAUAUUGUCCUCCCGAACUCCUCAGACAGUUUCAACAACUCCUAACUGCUGAACUUGGGGAUGAUAGUUAUGUAAAGUUGUUUCCAGAAGUUUCACAUGGUUGGACUAUCAGGUACAACAUUGAAGAUGCAAUGGCUGUACAAGCUGCAGAUGAGUCCCAUCGAAUUUUGCUAGAAUGGUUUGCCAAACAUGUAAAGUGAAAAUCAUUGUUUGAUCAAAAUCUUCUAUCUGAAAUAUAUGCAUCCUUUAUUGAGAUUGCUACCUGUGGUGAAAGACAUGCAUUGUUUGACAAUAAAAGUGGACAAUAUAGAAUGUUCUUUUGAA